AUAUUUCUCUCUUUCAAUGUCAGAAGAACUUCAAGAAUCAGACGUUAUAUUUUCCGAUUAUCAUUUCAUGAGUAACAACAACAAGAAGAAUAGCAACAACGAAAACAACAAAAGAAAGAAACCAACGACGGUGAAAAGGUCAUCUCCGGUUAGAAUCCCGUCGUUCCGGUGUACGGAAGCUGAGGAGGAUGAGGAUGGGAGUGAAAUGAUUCCGCCGCAUGUCAUCAUUGGAAAACGAAGAGUGGAGGCGAAAAUGGCGUUUUCGUUUUGUACCCUCAAAGGAAGAGACCUGAGUCGCCACCGUAACUCGGUUCUUAGGAUGACCGGUUUUUUGGAAGCUUAAUUGAUCUUAAAAUACAGCCGAACUGGUAUGGUUAAG